GAACGAGGGAGUUAUCAAUUAUAGUUAGAUCUGAUGCUUUUUGUAUGCAAAUCUCAGUGCUCCAUAUAACAUUCUUCCUUUCCAACUCUUCCAAAUAGUUUUCUCCACACCAAAAGCCCUAGCUCCCCCCCCCCCCAAACCCCACCCCAAGAGGAUGGCCGGAGGUAACCCUCCAAAACCCUCGUCCACUAAACCCCCACCUCCUUCUUCCUCCUCCCAACGUAAAUCCCGAUGGGAAUCCUCUUCCACCACCCCGAAAAAACCCUCCUCCGAUACCAAACCACCUUCCACCGCUGCCGCUGCAUCCGGAUCCGGUGACCCCAAAUCGAAACCCUCUCCAAAAUCCACAAAUCCCAAACCGAUUAACAACCCAUCACCGAAACCCGACCCGAAUACUCAUUUCGGAUUACCCCCUUUUCCUUUCCGUGACCCGCCUCCACCUCCUCUAUACGGGUUUCACAUGCUGGAACGUAGGACUAUAGUUCUUGCUGAUGGCUCUGUGCGGUCUUACUUCGCAUUACCCCAUGAUUAUCAAGACUUACCUGCUUUUCCCCGGCCCGAGUUUCGUGGCCCCCUUCAUGGCUUAGGAUUCGAAAGGCAGCAGCAGUUUCCGGAUCACUGGAAUUCGGUAGGUGAUAAUGCAAUGAAGAGGAAGUUUGGUGAUGAUGGAAAAGAUGGGAUGGAUAGGUUAAGGCAACAGGUGUUGGAGCAUGGAAAUGCAGGUGCGAUUCCGGUUCAGCCGGGGAUGGGGACGGGGACGGGGACGAGUGGUCUGAGUAUGGUUAGAGGAGGAGAAGAGAUGAAUAGGCCAGCUAAGUAUAUGAGAACGGGAGGAUUUGAAGGGGGUGCGGGAACGAGUAGGAUUAAGCAUAAUGAGGUGGAUCAAAGUGCAUUAAAGAAGUCUUUUUUGAAUAUGGUGAAGUCAAUUUAUGACAGUUCUAGUCUCAAAAGGAAUUAUUUUGCUGAUGGGAAGCAAGGGCGUUUGCAGUGUCUUGCUUGUAACAGGACUUCUAAAGAUUGUCCUGAUAUGCACUCUCUGAUUAUGCAUGCCUACAACCCGGAUAGUGCUGAUUCACUUAUGGAACAUUUGGCCUUUCACAAAGCAUUAUGUGUUCUGAUGGGAUGGAACUAUUUGACACCUCCUGAUCACUCAAAGUCAUAUCAGAUAUUAUCUGCUGGUGAAGCAACUGCAAACCGAGAUGAUCUAAUUUUGUGGCCGCCCUUGGUUAUAAUCCAUAACACUAUCACAGGAAAACGUGAUGAUGGGCGCAUGGAGGGUUUGGGAAACAAGGCAAUGGAUAGUUACCUUAGAGGUAUUGGAUUUCCCGGUGGCAAGGCAAAGGCCUUGUAUAGCAGAGACGGUCAUUUAGGUGUUACUCUGGUUAAGUUUGCAAGUGACCAAUCAGGUUUUAUGGAAGCCAUGCGGUUAGCUGAAUAUUUUGAGAAAGAAAACCAUGGAAGAAAUGGUUGGGCUCGACUGCAGCCCUUGACUCUAGGCAAGGAUGAUGAGAACAACCCUGACCUUUUCAAGUUUGAUCAUAGGACUGGAGAGAAGAAGAGAGUCUUCUAUGGUUAUCUGGGUACUGUUAAUGACUUAGAGAAGGUUGAUUUCGACUUCCGAAAGAAGAUCACCAUUGCUAGCCGAUUGGAUUACAAGCCAUCUGGUUAGAACCAUUAAGAUGUGCUUCAGUUAACAAUAUUACCCAAUUCCCUACUCUAGAUGUUGUGGUUUCAUGUCACUUUUAUUGCCCUUAGAAAUUGGUGGGCCGGGGUUCACUGUGAUACCGUUAGGAUUAAGUUAUAAAUGCCAUGCAUAUCUUUUUUCCCUUUUAGUUAACAUUUCUGGUGCAAGGUUAGCGGGUUUUGAAGUCCAAUGGACUUGUUGACUGUUCUUAUCCUUGUCCUGCUUCCUCGGUUUGAGGCUGUGUAUCAUUUGCGUGUGGAUAUGAUUAUGGUUCAGUUAUUUGCUACAAGGUUAAAUUUUGGGUGGUUCCCUGCA